GCACUGUCUCCCUUAGCGAGACAGGUUGAAGCCGUCCCAUGCUGCCUGCCCAACUAAACAUGACUUAUUUCAAAAUUGUCGUGCCGUGUCUGGUUUUUUAAAUCGGGGACAACCAUAGGGAGAGAAAGGUGUCCAGUAAGGAGCUAAUCUGAUCGUGCUAAUAAAGUCAAAUAGUUUGGUCUUGUAAGGAUCUCGAGGGCCUGCCCCCGCUGGUUUGUUGGGUUAUCCAAAGUUGCUAAAUUCUAUCCGACUGGUUUCCUUGAGGACCAAUCAGAAGGCUCGCUCGUUCUCCAAUUGGGCCAAUCAGAACGCAGUAUUUCUGGCGGGCUCUCAUCCGACCUCAACUUGAAUGCGGGCAUCUGAUUGGCUGUUGGGUCUGUGACGUCACGAUAACCAAGUAUAUAUACGGUGCACACUUUUCUUGGACAACUUCAUUCAUUCGAAUACGUAUCGUAGCGAACAGUACAGAAAAUCUUACUCUAACGAAAUGGCUCGAACCAAGCAGACCGCCCGUAAAUCCACUGGAGGAAAAGCCCCCCGAAAGCAGCUGGCAACCAAGGCCGCCCGUAAGAGCGCCCCUGCCACCGGAGGAGUCAAGAAACCUCACCGAUACAGGCCCGGAACAGUCGCCCUCCGAGAGAUCCGUCGUUACCAAAAAUCGACCGAGCUCCUCCUGAGGAAACUCCCCUUCCAGAGACUGGUCCGUGAGAUCGCUCAGGACUUCAAGACCGACCUCCGAUUCCAGAGCACAUCAGUGAUGGCUCUUCAGGAGGCCAGCGAGGCUUACCUCGUUGGACUGUUCGAGGAUACCAACCUUUGCGCCAUCCACGCCAAGCGUGUGACCAUCAUGCCAAAGGACAUCCAGCUCGCUCGCCGUAUCCGCGGAGAGAGGGCAUAAGCUACCUGUCGAACUACACUCGGCACCAGCUAAAAACGGCGUUUAUCAGC